AGAGAAAGAGAGAGAGAGAGACGUCUAUGAUUGUAGCUCCGCUGAGGCUCACACAGCAUCUCAAUCCCCUGGCUGUGCUGAGCCAGAAAACACUCAAAGCCAUUAUUCACAGGCGAGGAUUGUAGCUGUCGUUGCUCAUUUACAAGACGAGGCUGGUGUUGAGCCCUGGAAGAAUAACACCCAUUUUUGGCAAGCUUGUCGUGAACUGCUGUUGGAUUUUUUUUUUCUCUCCUUCCUUUCGUUUCUCUUGUCUCUCCUUUUUCAUUCUUCCUUUGUUUUGGAGUAGACUCUUGCUGUGGAUCGGAGAAGACAAAAAAAAAAAUCACUCCUCUUCCUUGCACCUGACUCUUCCGGCCAUCGUGAGUGUUGUUUUCGUCGCAGCUCCAGCUAUCAGCUGAGUCACCAUGUCUGAUCUGACGCCCCAGAGCGAAGCCCCCACCCCCACCACUGACAAGAUCACACAGGCUGCCAGGGAGACCAUCUACCUAUGCAACUUCCGCGUGUCGGUGGAUGGCGAGUGGCUGUGCCUGCGAGAGCUCAACGACAUCUCGCUCACGCCAGAUCCAGAGCCGGCUCAUGAAGAUCCCAAGGACCCCAUUGCCAUUGAGAGGCUUAACCUGAUGAACAUGGCUAAACUUAGCAUCAAAGGCUUGAUCGAGUCUGCACUGAACCUGGGCCGCACACUGGACUCAGACUAUGCCCCGUUGCAGCAGUUUUUUGUUGUCAUGGAGCACUGCCUGAAACACGGACUAAAAAGUAAGAAAACGUUCCUUGGCCAAAAUAAGUCAUUUUGGGGUCCUUUGGAGCUUGUAGAAAAGUUGACUCCAGAAGCUGGUGAGAUCACAGCCAGUGUCAAAGACCUUCCUGGGCUUAAAACCCCAUUAGGAAGAGGCAGAGCAUGGCUUCGUCUGGCUUUGAUGCAGAAGAAGCUCUCGGAUUACAUGAAGACCAUCAUUAACCGAAAAGAUCUGCUCAGUGAAUUCUACGAGCCCAAUGCCCUCAUGAUGGAGGAGGAAGGAGCUGUGAUUGCUGGGCUGUUGGUGGGCCUGAAUGUCAUUGAUGCUAACUUGUGUAUGAAGGGAGAAGAUUUAGACUCGCAGGUUGGGGUCAUCGAUUUUUCUAUGUACCUGAAAGACGGCGCACACAGCAGCAAAAGCACAGAGGGGGAUGGACAGAUCACAGCUAUUCUUGACCAGAAGAAUUAUGUGGAGGAACUGAACAGACAUUUAAGUGCAUCAGUGAAUAAUCUUCAAGCCAAAGUGGAUGCGCUGGAAAAGUCUAACACAAAACUCACAGAGGAGCUUGCUGUUGCAAACAACAGGAUCAUCACUCUGCAAGAGGAACUGGAAAGAGUAAAGGAGGAGGGCUCUUACUUUGUGGAGUCCAGUCGCAAGGCAUCAAGAGCAGAUGGGACUGCAAAUGGCCAAGUGCUUGGAGAAACUCGCAAACAGCUCAAAGAGGAAACUCAGCUCAGACUUGAUGUGGAGAAGGAGCUGGAGCUGCAGAUCGGGAUGAAGCAGGAGAUGGAGUUGUCCAUGAAGAUGCUAGAGAAGGACAUCUGCGAGAAACACGAUGCUUUGGUGGAGCUCAGACAGCAGUUAGAUGACGUGCGCACACUCAACCAUGAGCUCUCCGUUAAGUCACAGAGCUCAGACAGCAGCGCAAAACAGAAGAGUGACAUCAUCGGCCGCUUGGAGGAGAAAACAAACCAGAUGGGGAGCAUCAUCAAACAGCUGGAGAGCAGAUGUAAGAAGGCGGAGCGAGAGCGGGAUCUGGCGGACGAGGCCAAUCGACUCUUCAAGCAGGAGUUUGGGGACAAGAUUGAGAGUCUGCAGACGGAGGUGGAGCAGCUGCGGAGACAGAGGUGGAUUUUGGAACAAGAGCUGAAGAAAGGCAGAGAUCAUCCUGGAGUCCAAACACCUGAAACUCUGCUGGGAAAAACACCUCCACAGCAGAGAGACGGCAAACAACACAUCGAGGACAUCAGAAAGGAGUUAGAAUCUGUCAGAAAGGAAAACGAUACACUGCGCACUGCACUGGAGGAAAAGACGAGUCUGAGUUCCAGUUUGACACUGUCACAUGAAGAUGAACAGAACCAGUCUCUUUAUAAAGAGGUUGACCCAUCAAUCUGCCCAAUGUGUGAAAACCAAGACUCUCUGACUUCACCCAAGAGUCAGUGCAAGAACUGCAGCGGUGUGUUCUGCGAGAACUGCAUGGCGAAUGAACUGCCUCUGCCCUCCUCCAUCAACCCCGAGCACGUGUGCGACGUCUGCUACUCUCAGCUCCUGGAGCAGUACUCGUCCUCCCCAUCCUGAGACGCACAGCGCAUGUAAAUAGUGCAAUACAAAAAACUACACCUCACACUCUGGAUCAUCUCAGCUGUAAAGCAUAUCAUAAAAGAUUUGCCAAAAGGGAUUUUUUAUUACAAGCUCCUUGUUGGAAAUGCUUUAGAGAUUAUUUUAUUAUGACUUAUUAUUCUUGAGGAUUAGUGAAACUGUCCACCGAGUGGAUUUAUUUGGCUUUUUUGUACUUGAAUCGCCUCCGUAUCAUACAGUAAUGCAAGUAGGAUGAUUUUAUUGGCAUCUUAAUCAUUAUUAUGAGAUGACUGAUUGUAGACAGUUCCAUGUUUUCAGCUUUUUGGAAAAGAUGGCACUGAACAAAUCACACAUACAGUAACACUUUGUUAAAUCCAACAUUCGUUUACAAAAAAAUAAUAAAACAAAGCAAAAACUGCACAUUUUGAAACUUGUCACAGGGCAGAGUAAAUGAUCCUGUAUUAUAAUGUUGAAAUAAAUGUAUAAAGAAAUAAAGACGUGAAAGGUGGUUGAAAGCCUUUAUUUUAA